GAUUCCCACCGAACCUUCCUGUGCCCCAGCCGUAAUUUUUCUCCAGCAUCAGGCUAGUGUUCGCUCUUGACCAAGACAUCUUUUGGGGAUUUGGCAGUGGGGUGCAGAGGAGGGCGCUGCAAAGGCACGGAUUGCAGCCGACAAUCUAUCAAGCUGCGCCGCAGGGGUGUCCUGGGACCCUGGACACGCGGAAGGGGACCACUGCAGUUUCACAGUCUGCACUAUCAGACCUCUCAUCCUUCAAGAAUUUUCCGAAAAAAUACUGCUCCCAACUAGAGAGAGGCCCAAGUACCGCCCUGGCCCAGGAUGGCUAGGGAAUCGAAGGAAAGCGCAGCCUUGGAAGCCCCGUCUGCAGAGGACCGGACCGGGAUCCUGACGGUGAAGGUGGAGAAAGAGGAAGCUUCCGCCCUGGCUGCAGAGGCGGGCGCCCCUGGCAGCCCCGCUCCCGGCCUCGAGCACUUGCGCCAGCGCUUCCGAGGCUUCCGCUACCCGGAGGCUGAGGGACCCCGUGAGGCGUUGAGCCGGCUCCGGGAGCUGUGCCGGCUGUGGCUUCGGCCUGAGAUGCACAGCAAGGAGCAGAUCCUGGAGCUGCUGGUGCUCGAGCAGUUCCUGACCAUCCUGCCAGGGGACCUGCAGAGCUGGGUGCGGGAGCAGCAUCCGGAGAGCGGAGAGGAGGUGGUGGUGCUCUUGGAGUAUUUGGAGAGGCAGUUGGAUGAGCCAGUGCCACAGGUCCCAGGUGAUGACCAGGGGCAAGAACUGCUCAGCUGCAAGAUGGCAGUAUUGACGCCAGCUCAGAAGUCACGAAAUGCCCAGUUUCAGCCAAUGAAGGCUCUGCUCAAGCAUGAAUCUUUGGGACCCCAGUCCUCACCAGACAGAGCUCUCCAGGUUCCUAGGCUUGCCCUGGGAGGGUGCUGCAGAGAAGAUGCAGUGGUAGCUGCCAAGCUCACCCAGGAGUCCCAGAGGCCGCUGAAAAUGGAAGAUGUGGCCCUGACCCUCAGUCCUGGGUGGACACAGCUGGAUUCAUCUCAGGUGAAUUCGUACAGAGAUGAAAGGCAGGAGAACUGUGGCAGCCUAAUGGCCCUGGGUGGUGAAAUACAGACUAAGCUCAGGGACCUGCCUCCAGAGGAGGAACCUCCAGAACAGGAGCCUGGGCAGGUACCAUGCCACCUGGGUGAAGCCAUUGGCCAGAUUCCCGUGUGUGCAGAAGCUGGUGAACAGGAGGGCAGGUUACAAAGAAAGCAGAAAGGUGCCACAGGGACGAGGCGGCACUAUUGUCAUGAAUGUGGAAAGAGCUUUGCUCAGAGCUCAGGCCUGACUAAGCACAGGCGAAUCCACACCGGGGAGAAACCCUAUGAGUGUGAGGACUGCGGCAAGACCUUCAUCGGGAGCUCUGCCCUCGUCAUUCAUCAGAGAGUCCACACUGGUGAGAAGCCAUAUGAGUGUGAAGAGUGCGGCAAGGUCUUCAGUCACAGUUCAAACCUCAUCAAACACCAGAGAACUCACACUGGGGAGAAGCCCUACGAGUGCGAUGACUGUGGGAAAACCUUUAGCCAGAGUUGCAGCCUCCUCGAACAUCACAAAAUCCACACCGGGGAGAAGCCGUACCAGUGCAACAUGUGUGGCAAAGCCUUUAGGCGGAAUUCACAUCUCCUGAGACAUCAGAGGAUCCACGGCAAUAAACACGUUCAGAAUCCUGACCGUGGCGAGACCUGGGAGAGUCGGGAUAGGAUGGAGCACCAGUGGCAAAAUGUCGAGGCUCCCGUGUCUUUUAAAUGUAAUGCGUGUGAGAGAAGCUUCACUAGGAAUAGAAGCCUUAUUGAACACCAGAAAAUCCACACUGGUGAGAAACCCUAUCCGUGUGAUGCAUGUGGAAAAGGUUUCACCCGACCUUCAUAUCUUGUUCAGCAUCAGAGAAGCCACGUUGGGAAAAAAAUCCUAUCACCAUGACCCGUGUCUUACGUGCCAGAGUUGGUGCUCAUUCUUCAUUGAACUGAAGCCACCCUGGAGCCCUUGCUGAUUACAACACUGUGGGCUAGGCUUUAUUUACCACCAUACGUCAGCAGCUCUUUGUUGGAACAUACAGAGUCGGGUUGAAAUGAAUUCUCUUCUGCGUCCUAGAAGGUGAUUAAAAAACAAACAAACCCUUGUUUGAUAGGAAGCAACAGGAGAGUUGGUCCGGAAGAGGUAGGACCUGAAAUGGUUCUCCCCUUUUGGACUUAAACAGGCUUUUAGACUGGCUAAUUAAUCAUACUGGGUCAGUGCGUUAUGACAUCUCCUGGGUGAACGGCUCUGAUUUGGGGGGCUGCUGCUCUGACUGUUCAUUUUGCCUCUUAUGAACCCCUCACCACUUGGUUGGAUCGAUGAUGUCUUAUACCCCUCAUUGUGCCUUGCAUAUAGGUGCUAUCAACAUUGAUUAAACAUACCAGUGAGACGACCUUAA